AUGGCCUCUACGCCACCGCCACCGACGACGACGACGACGGAGAGCAACGGUGACGUCGAGCUGGGGCUGGGACAACAGCAGCAGCAGCAGCCCACCAGCCAGGCGAUCCCUACGUUGGUGGUGCCCGGGUCCGGGCCGUUCGGACUGGACGAGCCCGUGCUGGUCGUGGACCAGGUGUCGACGGGCGCCGGCCCCGCCGGAGGUACCUCCUACCAGAAGCGCCCGGUAUCGGUGUACUCCGGGACCGGGCGGCCUCCGCCGAUCAUCCGGGCCGUCUCGUACCAGCCGUCGGUGAACGUGAACCUGUCGCAGUCGCCGGCAGCGGACGAGCACCACGAGGCCCUGCCACCGUCGACACCGGAGGAGAAGUCCAAGUUCACGCGCCGCUACCUGGCGGGCGUGACCGGCAUCAGCUACGCCCUGUUCCUGAUCGUGUUCGGGCUGAUCGCGUUCAUCACCGAUGCGGUCGAGAACAAUGCGCGCUACCCGCUGGCCGAGGUCUUCGGACUCUACAUGGUCGCCACCGGCAUCCUGUACUUCGCGUUCCUGUACAUCGACAUCCGGCUGUACGUGCGACGGGCUCAGCACGCCGUCGCCGAACUCCACCGGCGCCGGGAGCUGACGACCGUGAAUGGUGAGGUGCCGGUUUCGGUGGUGACAGCGGUGCCGGUGGCGGCGCUGCCCCCGCUGAAACCGAUCCCGCACCACUACUGCUUCGUGACUGGGCGGCACGGCGAGAUCAUCUACCUGAAGCUGGGCGCCACCUGGUUCUGCUUCGGGCUGCUGAUCCACUCGGUCCUGCUGCUCUCGUACCAGGGUAUCCUGCUGAACAGCACCGACGGCAAGUGGGCCGAGUGUGCGUCCGGGGCGACCAUUGCGAUGGAGGUGCUGUUCAUCUUCUACUGCCUGUUCCUGGUGUUCUUCUUCUGGAAGUACGCCAACAUCGUGAUCAACCGGCGCCGCGGGCUCGCCCGGUUCGGCAUCAUGCACGCCAUCGGCACGGCGCUCGCCUUUUGGGUGCUGACGAUCGUCCGCGAAACCGUCGUCGCCAUCCGGCUCAAGCAGGCGUACUACGACGACGAGCCGUACCAGGACGACACCGACGUCACGCUGCUUCCCAUCGACUGCCCGGGGCCCGAGGAGCUCAACCAGGUGCUGGCCUCGUUCUCGCCCUACCUCUACCCGUUCGUGAUCGAGUUCAACAUCCUGAUCGUGGGGCUCCUGUACAUGAUCUACGCCAACAUCAGCAAGUGCCCGAAGAAGAUCACCGUCCGGGGCCAUCGAGGUGGUGGCGGUCAUCACAGCCACAGCCACAGUGUCCACAGUGACCGGGAGCUCCCGAAGGUCGCCGGUGGUAGCGUCCUGGAGUACGACGGGCGGAGCGAGUGUAGCGAGCACUGCGGCGACACGCUCGACCACGAGGCCCAGGUCAAGUCGCGGCUGAUCGUGUACGGCGAUUGCCAGCACGCGAGCCGCGGCCUGUUCGCCGGUCUGCUCCUGGUGGUCGCCACCAUCGUCGUCAUCAUCCUUUUCCACAUCGCGUCGCGCGACGAUGCGUACCGCGACACCGGCAUCCUGCUGGACGGGAUCUUCGAGGUGACCGUGCUCGGCAUCAUGAUCCUCGCGACGGUCGCCGCCUACUACCAGACGUCCCGGCUCGACAUCAACCCGCACCCGAUCUCGCGGCUCGACGACGUGCUCCUGUUCAUCGCCAUCCCGGCGUUCUUCUCCGAGACGCUCUUCAGCAUGAUACCGGCGUUCGAGAACGGGUCCAUCCUGAACGGUUUCAUCGUGUUCACCCAGAUCACCCAGGUCCUGCUGCAGACGCCGUGGAUCUGCGACGCCCUGCGCCGGUGCUCCAACACCGCCGACCUGCAGCAGAACAAACCGGGCAAGGAGCUGGUCACCUUCAUGACCGUCGCGAACGUGUCGCUCUGGGUGUACUACACAUUCGGCGUCAAAACCGGGGACUUUGGGGACGAGCGGUACGAGUACUACGGGGAUGUGCUGUGGUCCAUCCUCAACCACCUGUCGCUGCCGCUCAUCAUGUUCUACCGGUUCCACUCGUCCGUCUGCCUGGUCGACAUCUGGCGGCACUCGUACGAACCGGGCGAACACGCUCACUGA